AUGGCACCAGUCCUAUAUCAAUGCACGGUUUGUUUAAAUCAUUAUAAAAUAAAACCGAACGGUAAACUAUAUCGACAUGGAGACAAAGUGAAGGGCCAGGAAUGCCCUGGUUCGUUCAAGGCAGCCGACCAGCCUCCGGCUGGUUCAUCUGCUUCCGUGCGACCGCCGCUUACCGCUGCACCUGUCAUCAACCCUCAUGUUACUACACGCGGUUCUUCGGCGUCGGUCUCGGAGAGUCCCUCCCAAGUGGAUUUUUUUCAUGUUUUUGACAGGCUGACGGUCGUUUUGAGGACUGCCCAUCUGUAUGAUCACGUUCCCAAACCGUGCAGAGACAAGGUAUCUAAAGCAUUGUCGGCUUUAUUGACGGCCGUUUGCGAUGAUCCCUGCGACGCGGCCCAUUGGUGCAGGCUCCAAUGUUUUUUGGCAUUUGUUUUGUUCAAGCCAACCAGGGGCGGUCGCAGGACUAAUCAAGCCAAUUACGUUGUUAAACGGUUGGCCGAAUUCAGUUCGACCGAGGUCGAGUUUAUUGUGGCAAGGCAGUCUCUCGGCGGCCGUCAGACUUGUUCGCCCGCAGGCCUGGCGGAGAGCUCGCCUGAGACACUCGCUAAACUCAAAGCUAUUCAUCCCAGUGCUCCAUUGACCAGGCGAGCUUUCCCCGCGCAGGAGCCGUCCAAUGGUCGCGUUUCACCAGCCCAGGUGUUGACGGCUUUAAAGUCGUUUAAUAAUGGUUUAUCGGGAGGCCUUGAUGGCUUGAGGCCUCAGCACAUAAAGGAUUUACUUUCCGGUCCAACGCCCACCGAUGAAUUGUUAAAUAACCUCACCCGGUUUGUAAAUUUGUUGUUAUCUGGGGUCUGCCCUCCCGCGGAACCGUCGGGCAUUGCGGCGCACGACGGUAAGCGCCCUGACGGGUGUACCUUGAUCCCUUGGAGAGCCGGCAGGUGCUUGGCGUGGGACGUUACCGUUCCGGGCACCUUUGCUGAGCGCUACGUGCAGCUUACUAGCAAAGAAAGCGGUUUGGCUGCAACCAGGGCAUCUGACGAGAAGAUCAAAAAGUACGACGGAGCUCUCCCAUCGAUGGAGUUUUUACCGAUUUGUAUCGAGGUCCUCGGCCCCAUGGACCGUAACACCUCCGGGUUUUUCAAUCGGAUUUGUAAAAAUAUCAGUAUUAGGUCAGGCGAUAGUAGGGAAUAUUUUUUUGCUAUGAAUAAUAUCUCGUGCAUUCUGCAGCGGUUUUUGCGCGUCUGUGUGUUAGAAAAUGUGGAGUUGAAUGCCGACGGGGUUGAGUGA